AUGGGGAACCGCAGCGCCGCGGACGCGGGCGCGCUGCUGGCGGGGGGCCCCGGGGCGGCGGCGGCACUGGCGGGGGGCGUGCUGCUUAUCGGCGCGGUGCUCGCGGGGAACUCGCUCGUGUGCGUGAGCGUGGCGGCCGAGCGCGCGUUGCAGACGCCCACCAACUACUUCAUCGUGAGCCUGGCGGCCGCCGACCUGCUGCUCGCCCUGCUCGUGCUGCCUCUCUUCGUCUACUCCGAGGUCCAGGGUGGUGUGUGGCUGCUGAGCCCCGGCCUCUGCGACGCGCUCAUGGCCAUGGACGUCAUGCUGUGCACGGCCUCCAUCUUCAACCUGUGUGCCAUCAGCGUGGACAGGUUCGUGGCCGUGGCCGUGCCCCUGCACUACAACCGCCAGAGCCGCGGGGGCCGGCAGCUGCUGCUCAUCGGCGCCACGUGGCUGCUGUCGGCGGCGGUGGCGGCACCAGUGCUGUGUGGCCUCAACGACGCGCGCGGCCGCGAUCCUGCCGUGUGCCGCCUGGAGGACCGCGACUACAUUGUCUACUCGUCCGUGUGCUCCUUCUUCCUGCCCUGCCCGCUCAUGCUGCUGCUCUACUGGGCCACGUUCCGGGGCCUGCGGCGCUGGGAGGCCACCCGCCGCGCAAAGUUGCAUGGGCGAGCGCCCCGCCGCCCCAGCGGCCCCGGCCCGCCACACCCGGACGGCAUCCCGGCCCCCAACGCCGCACUGGCCCCCGACACCACCCUGGCCCUUGAUUCCAUCCCAGCCCCAGACGCCGCUGUGCCCCAGGACGCCCUCCCGGCCCCAGACGGCAUCCCGGCUCCCAACGCCACCCCAGUCCCUGAUGCCGUCGCGCCCCCAAACACCAUGCCGGCCGAACACCCGCUGCACACCCGCAGGAGGAGACGUGCCAAGAUCACGGGCCGGGAGCGCAAAGCUAUGAGGGUCCUGCCUGUGGUGGUCGGGGCCUUCCUGCUGUGCUGGACACCCUUCUUUGUUGUGCACAUCACACGGGCGCUGUGUCCCACGUGCGCCGUGCCCCCGCGGCUGGUGAGCGCAGUCACCUGGCUGGGCUACGUGAACAGCGCACUCAACCCAGUCAUCUACACCAUCUUCAACGCCGAGUUCCGCACUGUCUUCCGCAAAGCUCUGCGCUUCUGCUGCUGA